AUGAGGGAUUUCAAUAGCACCAGCUUCCAGCCUGCAAUGUACCAGUUGACCGGGUUCCCAGGCCAGGAGGCGGUUUACCACUGGAUCGCCGUCCCCUUCGUUGUGUUAUACGUCACUGCCAUGGCGGGGAAUUGCCUUGUUCUCUGCAUUGUCUGGGUAGACAGGAAUCUCCACCAGCCCAUGUAUCUGUUCCUUUGCAUGUUGGCAGUCAACGACAUCGGGAUGGUUCUCUCAGCCCUGCCCACCGUGCUCGGCACCUUCUGCUUCCAUUCCACAGAUAUCGCUUUCGACGCCUGCCUGGCCCAGAUGUUUUUCAUUCACUCCUUUUCCUUCAUGGAGUCGGGGAUUUUAGUGGCCAUGGCGUUCGAUCGCUUGGUGGCCAUCUGUAACCCGCUGCGCUACGCAGCCAUCUUGACCCACCCCAGGAUCGUGAGAAUCGGGCUGGCUGUUGUGAUUAAAAGUACCAGCAUCCUUUUGCCUUUACCCCUUCUGCUUAAACGGCUGCCAGUCUGCAAAAGCAACAUCCUCUCCUACAGCUACUGCUUGCACUCGGACAUGAUGAGGCUGGCGUGUGGAGACACCACCAUCAAUAACAUCUACGGACUAUUUUCCGUUCUCUUUACUUAUGGCUUGGACUCAGUGUUCAUCAUUUUCUCUUACAUUAGGAUUCUGAAGACUGUUUUAAGUAUUGCAUCCCAUGAGCAGCGCCUCACGGCCCUGAACACCUGCAUCUCCCAUAUCUGUGCUGUCCUACUCUUCUAUGUCUCAACAGUUGCUGUCUCUGUUAUGCACAGGUUUGGGAAAAAUGCCCCUCCUCUGAUGCACAGUCUUAUGCCUUAUGUCUACCUCUUUGUCCCUCCUGUGUUAAACCCAGUCAUUUACAGUGUGAAAAUGAAGGAAAUUCGCAAGGGAAUCUUCCGAAUAUUCUCUAGAGGCUUACUGUGAAUUGGGAGGUGUGUCGGAUAUAGUGUUGCGGGAUGAAUUUUAUGGGGCUUUUGGGGGAAAUGAAGCUGAACAACUCAA